AUGAAGGACGACCUCUCCGCUGCCGAAACUCAACUGCUAGAAGCCUCAAACACACGCAAUGAAACACGCAAGGCCCUUGAGGCAGCUCAGAAGGGGCAGCAGGACGCCAUUGAAAAGCUUACCAGAGAGCGAGUCACGUACAGCAACGCCCGCAAGGAGCUGAGCACCCUGCGAAACACGCUCGACUCGACGCUCGCCGAACUUGACAGCACGCACAAGACAAUCGAAUCGCAGACCACUGGCCUCACAACCCUCCAGAUCAAAGUGCACCACCUACAGUCCUGCCUCGAUACCUCUGAAGAACAUCGCAAGCAAGAAGCCCUCAUGCACCAAUCCUGGAUCCGUCAAUCCCUCUCCACUAGCUCCGCCACCAUGGCCGAGACGCGCAACCUCCAGGACCAAGUCACCCAGAUGCGCCAGCGCUGCGAAGCCUGGUACAGCAUGUACCGCUCCACGCACACCACCAUGGAAAACCAAAUCGCCGACAUGUCAUCCGCUCUGACCGCAACUCACACCGAGAGCCGCGAGCUCAAGUCGCUCAAUGAGAACCUGGAGCGCGAGGUCAACAAGUUGCAAGCUAAGAUCGAGAGUUUGGAAGAUGAUCAAGAUUUGCUGUGUGAUGAGAAGUGGGAGCUUGAGGGCGAGGUUCAGAAGUUGACGAUUGAGCUUGCGGAGUGCAAGGCGAGUAAUCACAAACUGGUGGUUAAGUUGUGGAAGGCGAGGGCGGGGGAGAAUGAUGAGGAUGAUGAGGAUGUGGAUAAGGAGCAGAGGGAGACGGAGAAGGCUAUUGUGGAUAUGGUUGAUCUGAGGCUUGAUACUAUGGUUGAGAUGGGGUGGGUUUUGAAGGCGUUUGGGGUGCAAGAGCAGAAGAACGAGGACGAGGAGCAGGAAGAGGAGGAGCACGAGGAGCAGCACGAGAACGAGGACGAGUAUGACGAUAUGAAGAGCUCAGAAGGUGAUGAGAAGUCUGACGCCGAUAUGAACAGGUGGAAAAGUCUAGAUGGCACUGAGACUUCCCAAGCUCCCGUGGCCUCCAGCGCUAUCCCUGUCGUGCAGCUUUACUGGGGGAUGAACAUGGAUGACAAGGAGUACUAUGACGAGGACGAUGAGGAUGAGGAGGAGUACUAUGAGGAGGAGUUUGCUUUCUCAUAA